GCGUUCAACGUUGCUGAAAAUGGCUGCCAGUGCCUGGUCAGAGAAAAUACUGCAACUCCUCCGCCGAAUGAACAACUUUUAUUCACAAGGUUCGCGUCGGAGCAGCUGCUUCCGGUUCGAGAUCAACGGAUCUCAGGUGGGCUGGAUUCCUCCUCACGUGGCGUCGCUGUUACAGCGACACCCGCAGGUGUUCGGGCCGCCGCGGGGGGGCGCUGUGGGCCUGUGUCCCAGUCUGGACUCGUACCAGAGCAGAUCCGAAGCUGUGGACGCUGUCCUGCAAGACCUGAGACAGGAGGAGGCCAUCACCUGCCUCCAAGGCUGGAGGGACGAGAGGUACAGCGUGAUGCCCGGGUUCUCCCACGCCCCUCUCAUGUGGAUGGAAAGAGCCGCUACAAGUCUGUUCGGCGUCAAGCGCUACGGCGUUCACGUCAACGGGUACACGGUCAGCGGCAGCGGGGAGGUCAGCAUGUGGCUAGCGCGACGGUCCAGAACAAAGCAGACGUACCCCGGACUUCUGGACAACAUGGCGGCGGGCGGCCUGGCCGCAGGCGUCGGCGUCAGAGCCACCCUGAUCAAAGAGUGUGAGGAGGAAGCCUGCGUCCCGGCUCACCUCGCUGCGAAGGCCCGGCCCGCAUCGACCGUCAGCUACACCUACGAGGACGAGGAGGGCGUGUUCCCGGAGAGCCAGUUCGUCUUUGAUCUGGAACUUCCUGUCGGGUUCGAACCCAGGGUCGGGGACGGGGAGGUCCAGGAGUUCAGCCUGCUGCCGGUCCAGGAGGUGAAGGAACUUCUGGCCACAGACGACUUUAAACCCAACUCGGCCUUGGUGGUCUUAGACUUCCUCAUCAGACACUCGUUCAUCGAGCCCGACGCAGAGCCGUUUUAUCAGGACUUCCUGGCAGGACUUCAUCAAACGUUGUAG